AGCCAACCGGACAUGCGUCCAGUGACGCCUCCGAUGAUGUACCAGCCAAUGCCCGGAACCGCCCAGCAACCACAAAUGAUGUUCGCGCGCCCUCCGUCUCCCCCACCCAUGAUGGCGCCCAUGAUGCCACCAGUGAGAAUGCAGCCGCAGCAGUUCAUGCAGCAGCCACCACCCAUGGCCUUCGCGCCGCAGCCGCAGAUGAUGUUCGGCCCAACACCUAUGAUGUACGGGCAGCCCGGGCCGAUGUAUGCCAGCACAAGAGUGGUGUCUGCGGAAAAUGCUAGAGGACGAGGAGGAGGCGUGGACAAGGGCACUUUGGCCAAGCUGGACGCCGGCUUCAAGAAGCUGCAAGAUGCCAAGGACUGCAAGUCACUCCUCAAGAAGUACCUCACCAAGGAGGUCUUCGACAAGCUGAAGACCCGCAAGACUGCCAAUGGCGCCACAUUGCUUGACGUCAUACAGUCUGGUGUGGAGAACUUGGACAGCGGUGUGGGCAUAUACGCACCAGACGCCGAGUCCUACCGAGUGUUCGCCGACCUGUUUGAUCCGGUCAUCGAGGACUACCACAAAUUCAAGCGCACCGAUCGCCAUCCGCACACAAAUUUCGGUGACCUGAGCACGCUGAAAAACGUCGACCUGUCGAACGACAUCGUCGUGUCCACUCGGAUUCGAUGCGCCCGUUCUCUCCAAGGCUACCCGUUCAACCCUUGCCUGACUGAGUCUCAGUACCGGGAGAUGGAGGAGAAAGUGGUGCCCACACUGACCUCUUUCGAAGGCGAGUUGAGCGGCACCUACUACCCUCUCACAGGCAUGGACAAGGCGACGCAGCAGCAACUCAUCGACGACCACUUCCUGUUCAAGGAAGGAGACCGCUUCCUCCAAUCAGCCAACGCCUGUCGCUUCUGGCCCACCGGACGAGGCAUCUUCCACAACGACGCCAAGACUUUCCUUGUCUGGGUGAACGAGGAGGACCACUUGCGCAUCAUUUCCAUGCAGAAGGGCGGCAAUAUCCAGGAUGUAUUCUCUCGGCUUGUGAAGGCCGUCAAGGCCAUCGAGAAGAAGCUGCCUUUCUCGCGAGAUGAUCGCUUAGGUUACUUGACCUUCUGCCCGACCAACUUGGGCAAUACCAUUCGGGCCAGCGUGCACAUCAAGCUACCCAAGCUGUCGUCUAACAUGUCCAAGCUUGAGGAGAUUGCGGCUAAAUACGACCUGCAGGUCCGAGGCACCCGGGGAGAGCACACAGCGAGCGAGGGCGGCGUCUACGACGUCUCCAACAAGCGUCGCCUUGGCCUCACCGAGUACGACGCCGUGAAGACCAUGCAGGACGGGAUCCUGGAGCUCAUAAAGCUCGAGAAGGCUGCUUAGAAGCCGAAGAUAUCGCUCGAAAUUUCAGACGCCGAUUGGGAAUUUAGGGAGCCGAGCAAGCUGACGCCCCUCAGUUCGAAAAUUCAAGCCAUUUGAUAAACGAAAGAUUUAGUUCAGAAGGUCACCGUCGAAUAUAGCCGUCGAGGUCGCCGGC